UCUCCUUCUUCUCCUUUAAAAAAAGAAAAAAAAAAAAACCCUCUCCAAGAUGCUACCAAAGUUCAUGAGUUCUUUCAUGGUGGAAACACAAGAAGAAGAAAAAGGGAACAAUCACAAUAACAAGAAUAAUAAUAAUAGCAUGGAUGUUGUUGUUGGUUUGAGGCUUCUCACAAGCUCAUCAUCAAAGAGCAAUGUUCUUGUGAAAUCUUCACUACUAUUAGUGAGAAAUAAAGCAUAUAAUCAUCAUAAUCAUCAACAACCUCAAGAAGAUUAUUGCUUCCUUAAAACUUGUAACCUUUGCAAUAAGCAGCUUAGAUCUGACAAGGAUAUCUACAUGUACAGGGGUGACCAAGGUUUCUGCAGCAUAGAGUGUAGGAACAGACAAAUAGUUUUGGAUGAUAUGAGAGAAUUAGAGAAUUCUACAAAGCAAAUGGUUGCAUCUUAUAAUAAUAGGACACACCAUUGUUGCAAUGAUGCACGCUUAGAAACUCGUCUCAUACUUGAAGAUCUCAGAAUGCAAAGACUCAAAUAUAGAUUCUGAAUUGGAACUCUAAUAAUAAUUAUUAUUAUGUGUUAAUUAAUCAAAUCAAAUUUUCCUUGUCAAAAAUUGAAGUCACUGCUGGCAAUAAUUUUGUAGAGAGAGGGAUCUAUAUAUAUAUAUGUAUGUAUUAUAUUGAUGUAGAUAUAUUUGAGCUCUUUCAUUUUGCUUUUAAUUGCUGGAUAUGAGUGUAAAUACUAACUAGUACUACUUUGCUUAUAGUGGAGCUUCUGAAGUGUAAUU